AUGGGUAACGGUCUAGAGAGGCAAGAAUCUGGGACAAGCAUUCUGGGGGAUUUGGGUGAGGUUUGCCUGUUUAGCAAAGGGAAGGUGACAUCUGCUGCCACAAAGAGCAAAAAGGUCACCAGGUUAACUCUACCAUGGAAGAUUAUCCUAAGUACAAUGUUCACAUCAACUUUUCUUCUUUUUGGACUUCAAAAUCAUCCACGGUUUAAAGAAAAAAAGGUUUCUCAAAAACCCAGACAAAUAUCUAGCAUAAUUGAAGAAUAUGGCACCCGGAUCUAUAAUUACCAGGCUAGACUUCGACUCCCUAAGGAGCAACUAGAACUAUUAAAGAAGGAAAGUCAGACUUUGGAGAACAACUUUCGUGAAAUCCUGCUUUUAACUGAACAAAUAGAUGUUCUGAAGGCAUUACUUAGAGACAUGAAGGACGGCAUACACAAUCACAGCUGGCCUGCCCACCAAGAGGCUGUGCAGAACCAGGGCACCACUGAGGUUCUCGAUGAUGAAGUGUCAGACUUGGUACAUUAUGUGCUUAAAAAGUUCAGAGGGGACCAAAUACAGAUGGCUGAUUAUGCCCUGAAGUCAGCUGGAGCCUCUGUCAUUGAAGCUGGGACCUCAGAAAGUUACAAAAACAAUAAAGCAAAACUGUACUGGCAUGGGAUAGGGUUCCUCAAUUAUGAGAUGCCCCCAGAUAUGAUUCUUCAGCCAGAUGUCCACCCUGGAAAGUGCUGGGCCUUUCCAGGUUCCCAGGGUCAUAUCCUGAUCAAACUGGCCAGGAAGAUCAUCCCGACAGCAGUCACCAUGGAGCACAUCUCAGAGAAGGUGUCCCCCUCGGGAAACACCUCGAGUGCACCCAAGGAGUUCUCUGUCUAUGGCAUGAUGAAAAGAUGCGAAGGAGAAGAAAUGUUCCUAGGUCAGUUUAUGUAUAACAAAGCGGAAACAACCGUUCAAACAUUCGAGCUCCAGAAUGAAGCACCUGAAUCUUUGUUAUGUGUGAAACUUCAAAUCCUUAGCAACUGGGGACAUCCAAAGUAUACUUGUUUGUACAGAUUCCGAGUCCACGGCAUCCCCAGUGAUCACACUUAG